AUGCAUAAUACGAUCGAAUCCAUUGUUGCUAUCACAACCAUCUUUAUCGCCAGCGGCUCGGCCUUCGUUAUAGAUACCUACAGCGGAACCAACUGUAACAACAUCGUUCAAAACAGUGUCAAUACCUGGGACAACACUUGUGCUACCUGGCCCGAAGGCUUCAAGUCCUUCAAGAUCACAACCUGGGGUGGCAGCCACCAAUACGCGUACUUCUUCUCGCCCGAUAACUGCGGUAGCCUCCCCGAUGCUAUCAACCAGGGUUACGUGGAUUCCACAACGAGCGAUUUCAAACUCAACAAGUGCUACUCUUUCAAUGAUGCGAGCGCGAAUGCAAUUGCUUCGUAUCGCGGAUAA